AUGGGGGCCCUCUGGCCGUCUGCUUGUCGUCGGCCUGGCGUCGCCUGGCGAGAUCACGUGACGCAGAAGCUUCUGGCUGUAUGUCGAAGCAUCUGGCGCCUUGUGGCAAAUUCGAGCAACAGGCAGAGGAUGCUUGCGUUUCCCAGAAGCAUCCAGCACAAGAGGUGGCAGGGUCGACAUAAUCUGCUUUCUCAUCACUCUCGACUGCCCCAGCACCUUCUAUCAGGCAAGAUGAAAGGUUAUAAAAUCUUUGUCGACGCAGGCCUUCCUGCAGUUCGACAUCAAGCAAGUUCAGCAAGUCUUAUGCACUCAACUCGAACGAGAAUCAUCCCUCAAGCCUCGAGAAUCAUCAAGCCAACGCUCUCAACCACCAGAAACAUGUCGUUCCUCUUCCCAAGAAUCGCCUUUGCGCCCGCACGCUGCGGUCCUACCCGCCGUGACAUUGCUCCUCUCCUUUCCCUCUUCGACGACUCUUUCAAUGAACUCCAAAGAGCCAGCCGAUCAGCCCGGAAACAAUUCAACCCCCGCUUCGAUGUCAAGGAAUCAAAUGACUCCUACUCCCUUGAGGGUGAACUCCCCGGCAUCGAGCAGAAGGACCUGAGCAUUGAAUUUGUCGACGAACACACCCUGACCAUCAAGGGCCGCACCGAGCGCACCACAAAAUCUGGUGCUCGUCCUCAAGCCGUCGAAGCUGAGAAGAAGGCUGCUAUUGAGGAAGGCCCUGCAUCUGAAACCAGUAGCGUCAAGUCUCAUCAACCCACGGUCGAGGACGAGGAGCCCGCCAACUCAUCUGCCGCCGCUGCUGAGGAGAGCAAGACAGAGGUCGCUGCGCCGACUCCUGCUCCUGCCGAGCAACAGCCGUCCAAGGUCGAGGAACAACAGCCCGCACAACAGCAAUACUGGAUCACCGAACGCAGUGUGGGAGAGUUCUCUCGCAGCUUCUGGUUCCCACACCGUGUGAACCAGGAGGCGGUCAGGGCUUCAUUGAAGAACGGCCUCCUCAGCAUUGUGGUUCCCAAGGCCGCACCUGAAAGCCGACGCAUUGCUGUCGAGUAA